AUGGGCAUCCCUGACUUUGUCAAGUUUAUUGCGCGCACCUCACCUGGUGCGUUGUGUCGUGUGCCAAAAGGCGGCUCAAGGCACGAGCCACUUAUCUUUGACUUUAUUUUGAUCGACGCCACAAACGCGGCGCAGACACUCGGGCUUGAUACCUUACGUGCCUUUCUCAAUCCCAACCAUCUCUCGGCAAGGUCAGCUGUCAUUUUCGCGCUUGACUCUCAGCGCGAUCGCAGUGGGACAGCGCGCGCCCACCGCCACGCUCUGGUGGGCAUCGGUGACCUCGAUGUGCAGGUGCAAAAGCUGUGCGGGCAGCUGGCCGAUGCGUACCGAGCGCGUGAGGGGAGCAAUAAGAGGCUGAGUGCCACGGCCGGCAGCAGCCCAUACGUGCUGACAAGCGGCCGCGGUGUGGUGGGGGAGGCGGACUACAAACUUCUUGAUCUACAGCGUUCCUUGGUGACCUGCGCCAUCGCUAGCGGAGCCGCUGUCCUCCCCACCUUUCUCUUCAUCUCGGAGGAUUCAGAUGUGCUGUGCGGCGCGCUCUGCGGGCCAGCUCCCCAACAAGUUUCUAUUGCCACGAAGUUGCAGGACGUCCUAUUUGAGCCUUGUAUUUUGCGCCUUGACCGCGUCUUGGCGUUUGUGGCCACCUGCACUGAUGCCUUCUAUGCCGAAAACGAAAAGGAGGCCGCCGCAGCUGCCAAAACCAAGAUGAAGGCAAUGGCAGAAGACAACGCUGCCAAGGCAAUGCUGGCGGACUCCGCCGCCGCCGCGGCUGCCCAAAAAAGCACAGCGGAGCAAGGCACUGACGAGGCGAUGGUGCGUCGCCGCAAGCCGGACGGUCCAAUGGUGGCCACUGGUGUGCGCAUCGAAUUGGCGGACAGCAGCGAUGACGAGCAGCCAGAGGAUACGGAGAAGACGCAGGCAAAGCUGAUGGUAGUGUCUGUGGGUGCGACUCGGGGAGCACUGAGGCCAGCGUUGAAGGAGUCGUCCGUCGACGACGACACGUGUGACGAGAGAGCCAGCGCCGCUCCGACGGAGGGCGAGCUGCUCGUCUCCUCCAUCAUGCACACCAGCUGUGUUGACAUGGUCUUUCUUUUUAUGAUCGUUAUGGGGAAUGCCAUCAAUGUGCCACCGCUGGUGCGCGGCGCCACGAAGGUGGAUGCCGGGUCGUGCUGGCGGGCGUACUGUAAGCUCAAGUACAGGAAUUUGCCGGCCGCGGAGGCUGAGACGGGCCGUGCGCUGCUUACCACCUCCGUCAAGACGCACUCGACGAACAAAGGUAGCCUUGUACUGAACUGCCACUUUCUCCACUCCGUCUUGGACGCCGUGCACUACGCCGGCGCGGAGCCGCGACCCCCCGUCGAGGAAGAGAAGAACAGCGCCAUCACCUACCUCUCUAACGCCGUGUACGCGACGCUGCGCUACAUUGUCGGGUGCAAUCUUGACAGGACCCCAGCGCUGCAGCAAACAUUUCUCGACUCCCGUCCGCUGUCUGAGAGUGCCACCGUUCUCCCUAGUCUUUCCGCGGUGAUGUGGGUGCUCGGCCAGGAGGAAAUGCGCACAUUUUCUUUCCCCCUGCACGGUCUCGCCAAAAAGGAGCUCUUGGCAGCCGCGUCGGGUGGGAUCUUGGCUGGCAAGGAUGCCGCCAAGGCCUCAGCAAGGUUUGCGCCCAUCCAUGCUACCUCCGCGCGCGAAGCGUCGUCCUCCGCAGGCGACCUCGAAGUCGGUGAUCAUCUAGUAGCUCCUGCGGCUUCAAACGCAUGGUCCGUGAGUGGUGCCCGUCCAAGCAACAUUUCGCUCGCAACUCUGAUGCAAAACUUUACCAGUAGGACUGAGUGGACGUCUUCAGCGCCGCGCAGCGGCUCCCUCACCGCCGCUGCCAUACGGCCUGUACAGCUCCCCAGCGUUACGGAGCUCGUGAAGAAAUCUCUUCAGAAGGUGUCACCAGGCAGUUUAGCGAAAGGUAGCCUUCUCUUCUACCUCAUGACUGUCUGGACGUACGCUCUCGGACUUGGUGUGCGUCGCAUGGCGACAUUCACUAAGGCAGCCACGUCAGUGGCAGAAGAUGAUGGAAGCGUGUUGGCGUCGACCUUGGUGCAGCCGCCCACCUUGGCUAGGACCGCGAAGCCAUUAAAAGGGGCUUCGGGCGCGUUGCCAGCUGGCGGACACUACGUGUACAGCUUCGAGUUGCGUCGCAUGGCGCCCGUUCUACAGACCGCAACUGUGCCACACCCAUCACCUAUCACAGCCGCACCUGAGGUCUCCGGAUCGGCUGGGACGGAGAGCAGCACUGCCUUGUCGGCGAGCGGAAAGUCGGCAGUGCAGCAGGCCAUGUUUGCCGCCCUUGGGAUGUCGUUCGACUACUCGAAGACGCCGCAUGCUACGGGGAACGUCAUGAAACUGCCACGCUCAGCGUUGAAUGAGGACGACGUAGGAAGCCUGCAGCGACUCAAGAAGGUGGCAAAGAAGAAGUGUAACGUGGAUGCCUCAGUGGACGUUGCAGUCCCCAUCAAGAAGCACAGCGACGAUGCGGAUGAGGUAAACAGCGCGACGAGCUCAACCCCAACAUCUGGGACGAUGAAACAUGGCACCUCCAAGGCGAAGAAACGUCUAGGUAGACGUGAGCGUCUGAAGCAGCUGAAGACGAUUAAGAAGGUGGCAGCUGCCGCAGCGAGCGGAGGUGCGCCGAGACAUGCUGUGUGUGAAGGGGUCAGCCUGCCUGCUAAGACUGCAACGUUCUGA